UUAUAUAACUUGCGCAAGGACCGUGUCAAGUUGACAGUCAUGAAUACAAACGGCAUUCAUAAAGUGCAUGUUCUGUAUGUCGGCGCAUGGACUCUCAAAUCGGUAGAUAAUAGUGUUAUGAUAUGAUGGCUAUGAAUAUAGAGAGGUUUGUCAGUGAGGGGAAAGGAAAUGGUUUGCGUGCUCUGCGCGAACUCAAAGCUGGUGAAGUGAUUCAUUCAUGCGAGCCGUAUGCGUUCUGCAUAGCCAAGGAUUUCUUGAAAACUGCCUGCCAUAGUUGUCUGCAGAGAGGUGAAAGUCUGUCGAGAUGUUCUCAAUGUAAGACGGCCCGUUACUGCAGUGUUCAGUGUCAGAAGCAAGCAUGGCCUGAUCACAAGAGGGAAUGCAAAUGCCUCAAGCGUCUCCAGCCAAGGAUCCCCACCGACUCCGUCCGUCUGCUUACGAGGAUCAUCUUCAAACUGCUCGCCCAAUCAGAAAGUGACCAAGAGGAUCUAUACUCGAUAGCCGAACACCAAUCACAUCUAGCAGACAUGAGUGAGGAGAAGAAAGAGGGCCUGAGGCAGCUCUGCACGACGCUGCAGCUUUAUCUUGGUGAGGAGAACCACGAUCUGUCUCAGCUUCCGCCCGGCCUGGACCCCAUCAGCCUCCUCGCCAGAGUGACCUGCAACUGCUUCAGCAUCAGUGAUGGAGAGCUGCAGGACGUGGGGGUGGGACUUUACCCCAGCAUGUCUCUGCUGAACCACGACUGCCAGCCCAACUGUGUCAUGAUCUUUGAGGGCAAGAGACUCACGCUGCGAGCUGUUCGGCUCAUCAGACCCUGUGAAGAGCUAACUAUAAGCUACACUGAUAUCCUUGCGACCAGCAAAGAGAGACGUUCCCAUUUACAGGAGCAAUACCACUUCCUGUGUCAGUGCACGCGCUGUACCACUGAGGACAAGGACUGUGACAUGCUGGCUGGGGAGAAGACUGCGUGGAGGUCCUUAAGAGACGCCAUCCCUCACCUGGAGCAGCUUCAGUCGGAGCAGCGCUGGGAGGAGCUUCUAAAAGAGAGCCAGGCUCUUUUGCACCGAUAUACAGAUGUGGUCCCGGACAGGAACAUCUAUGUGCUCAGGCUGCUGGAUUUGGCUAUGGAUGCUUGCAUUAGUCUGGACGACUAUGAGACGGCGCUGGAGUAUGGCAAUAGAGCUCUGGAACCUUACAAACUGUACUACAGUGAUCCUCAUCCGUCCAGAGCGGUGGAGCUGCUGCGGGUGGGGAAGCUGCAGCACUUCCUGGGCAGACUGGAGGAGGCUCGGGGGAGCUUCACACAGGCGUAUGACAUCAUGAAGGUGACCCACGGGACGGAUCACGUCCUGACUAAUGAGGUGAGGAGAAAACUGAGCGAGUGCCAGGCUGAGCUGGGUCAAGUGUAGACGGAUGUGUGCCAUCAUAUAGAGACCGAGUACUGCGGUCCCGCCAUGGCCCCAAACUCCUCUCAUCCAGUUCUUUGACAUGUUGGCUGUUAGUCAACACGCCGCUAUAUUUGCUCUCAAAUGGAAAGUUUCUGGGUGGUUGUGUCUGCCACCUGCUUUUGUGCCACUGUGUGUCAAACCAGCUGGUUUAGAAUUCAACUGAAAAAAACGCCAGAGGGAAAAAUUCUACAUCUUCACUCUGCUUUUUCAGUUCAUUUCAGAUUUUAUUUUUCAUUUUGUUUAGUGUUUUAAUUAUUUUCAGUAAUGUCAGAGAUCCACUUGCUGCCCCCUCAACAGAUGUUCAAUUUUAAAACUCAUUCCAAAAUGUAGUUUAUUAUCCUCCAUACUUUCGAAUGAAAGUCCUACUUAUAGGUAUUUUGACUUCUAAUUAGUGGUUGCAAUAGAAACAUUAUUGCUAAAUUUAAAUGCUAAACAAUAGUGUCACUUAAGUGCAAAAGUGCAUUAAUGCAACUAGUCCUAAGUCUAAAUGAUUUGGGUCACAGUGUAUUCAGUAAAUCCUUAAACUUAUGCGGUUUCAUGUUUUCUGUUCACUUGCGAGUUAAUAAAAUUAUUCAAA